AUGUCGGUGGAUCCUGAAAUCGUGCAAGGAAGAGAAAAUUAUCCUCUCAAAGUGUUUCAAGCCACUUUAAAUAUUCUUUCGCAUUUACUAAUUGGUAUAGUUGUUGGUAUAUCUCUUAUUUUCGCCUUUCGUAAUGGAUUGCCGUUGAAUGAAAACUCGCAACACAUAAUUUUGUGUGUACUUGGGUACCAACUUCUAAUGGCAGAAUCAAUUCUGAGUCUAUCAGCAGACAACGGCUGGUCUGGUGUCCUGAGAUUCAAAGACAAGAGGAGGGCUCAUUCUAUUCUGCAAGUGGUGGGGUCUGCAAUGGCGGUCACCGGUAGUAUCAUACUAAUGCUCAGUAAGACUCAGAACUUCAACACUCUACAUGGGCAAUUCGGUUUAGCUGCCAUGGUUUUCACAACUGUCAGCCUUGUCAACGGUGUAACCUCUCUUUACGCAUUUGAAUGGCGGCGAUUCUGUCCAGGAAACAUUUCGAAACUUACUCACAUCUGCUUUGGAGUUGUCGCCUUCGGAUCAGCCUCUAUCAGUUUGUGCUAUGGUUUUGACUAUGUGUUCUUCAGAAGGUGGGCAACCAAUAACUUCACUGAUACUUUGAUAGGUUGCACAGCCUGUUUUACUGCUAUCAUUAUUAUCAAUCCUGUUAUUAACUUUGCUAAGAAAAGCUACCAAUUAGUGAGUAAUUAG